GUGUCACAGAUUUGUGCCUUCUGGGGAUUUAUUUUUCACUCGUUUCCUCGUUUUUGGUGUCACCAGAUUUGAUUCGAUUUGUUUGGCUCUUUAUUUGCAAUUUCCUCUGAAUUGCUCCGUGCCUUCUGCUUUUACCCAAGGAAUGGAAACGGUGCUGCUUUUUGUGGGUGCGCGAAAUGCUUGGGCGUUGUCAUGGAUGAUGAUGACGAUGAAUCCUGUCUCCUGGAUCUUAUUGGGGACCCACAGGCGCUGAAUUAUUUUCUACAUGGACCUAGUAGUAAAUCUAGCAAUGAAGACUUGACUAAUGCAGAGUAUUCUGUAGCCAACUCAAAUUCAAUUUUCGCCAACUCCAAUAACACUGAUCCCAAGUCGUCUGUCAAAGGUGUAAGUGGUCAGCUUGGAGAGGGGCCUAGUGAUGGGCUGCAGCUGUCCAGUAGCCUUCAGUUUCUUGAAGAUGAACUUGGAUCUUCCCCUUUACCUGAUCUUACCGAGGAUCAGCCUUUUGAUAUUCUUCAGAAGUCCUUGCAGGAGGCCAAUAUUACUGAACAGACUUUGGCAGAAGAGGCAUAUUUGGAUGCCAGUGUAGGUUCUAGCCAACAGUUUGCACAAGCUCAGCUUCAUCCUUCUUCAUCAGCAUCCUUUACUCAGGCUUCUAAUGUUUCUAAUUACUCAGGUCAGACGUUGCAGCCUAUAGGAGUUACUCAAGUGGUACAGCAACCUGUUGGAGCAUCUUUUGCAAGCAAUACAGUUGGUGUGCAACAUGGCUUUAUGCAACAUGUCGGAAUUAGUGUUCCCAGCCAGCAUUUGUCUAAUAGCGGCCAGAUUAGUGGUUCUGGGCAGAUACAGCUGAUUGGUUCCUUUAGUAAUCAGCCUUCCAUGAUGACCAUUAAUAACCUUGAUGGAUCUCAGAUAAUACUGAAAGGCAAUGGUCAGCAAACAUCUGCAAACAUGAGUAGUGGCCUCUUGGUUCAUAGACAGACUCCAAAUGGUAACUCACUGUUCGGUAACUCAAAUUCAAGUCCAGUAGCACAACCUGUAACUGUUCCAUUUAACAGCACAAAUUUUCAGACAUCGUUGCCUGUCCAUAAUAUCAUCAUUCAAAGGGGUUUGGCACCAAACUCUAACAAAGUUCCCGUUAAUAUCCAACCAAAGCCUAUCCAGAUGGGUCAGCAGACUGCUUACAAUGUGAAUAACUUGGGAAUACAGCAACAUCACGUGCAGCAAGGGAUUCCAUUUGCUUCUGCAAACUCGCCUCAGAGUUCAGUAGUUGGUCCUCAUAUGUCUGUUAAUAUUGUUAAUCAACAAAGUACAAGAAAAUCGGUGACGCCUCAGGCAGUUAGCAAUGCUGGAGGUAGUAUUGUUAUCCAUUCUCCUAUGGGACAGCCUCACACACCUCAAAACCAGUUUCUCAUACCUACAAGUUUGUCUGUUAAUUCUAAUUCAGUUCAUCAUGUCCAGGCCAUAAAUGGACAGCUUCUUCAGACUCAGCCUUCCCAGCUGGUUCCUAGCCAAGUGUCUGCUGAGCAUGUAAUGCUCAACAGGAACUCUACAAACAUGCUAAGAGCCAACCAGUCGUAUUCAGGACAGAUGUUGAAUAAUCAGAACACAGCUGUUCAGCUUGUUUCCGGCCAGACUUUCACAGCUCCUGGAAACCAAGUUAUAGUAAAUCAUGGAGCUUCACAGAUUGUUGGUGGGCAGGUGCCCCUGCAGCAGGCAUCUCCAACGGUGCUGCAUUUGUCACCCAGUCAAGCUAAUGUUUCUCAAGGUAGAUCGAGUUUUACUGCGAUGUCGCCUGGGCAGUCUACAGUCUCAAACAUGUCAGCUUCCAACCGAUUCGCUGUUGCAAGUUCUUCUGGCUCAGUCCACCCUAGCUUGGGACCAUCAGUUCAGUCUGUUGCAUCGGGAGGAAGCUUCACUGGAGACCAGAUAACACAGAACAGAACUCAGGCUCCCGUCAGUGCGUCUCAUCGUCUUCCAGCAUCCUCUUCCAAACCUGUCAGCACCUUUAGUCACACGUCAGUUGGAGUAACACAGCAACAAUUUGCCUUUGGUCAGAAAAAAACUGUGAACCAGACGUCACCAGUUUCUGCAUCAAAGACACAGGAUAAUUUGAGACAGCCUCAGCUAACAAGUCUUCUGGGCAACACACUAUCAGGGCAGGACUCUGGAGGAAAAAUCAUACAGCAAUCUCUAGGAACAGCACAGCCACAAGAAAAAGUAUUAGGAUCAUCAUCAGUUCAACAAAGUAUACAGGUGGAUGGCCAUUUAGUUGGACAGAAAAGGCCUGCUGCUAAGCAAUUAACUAAAGGAGCUUUUAUUCUACAGCAGCUACAGAAGGAUCAGAUGCAUGCUGUGACACCAGAUAAGAGUCGGUUCAGAUCGUUAAGUGAUGCAGUUCAGAGACUCCUUUCAUACCAUGUGUGCCAGGGAUCACUGCCAACAGAGGAAGACCUAAGAAAAGUGGACAAUGAAUUUGAGUCGGUAGCUACACAGCUUCUGAAGAGGACACAGGCUAUGCUGAACAAAUACAGAUGUUUACUUAUAGAAGAUGCAAUGCGGAUAAACCCCUCUGCAGAGAUGGUUAUGAUUGACAGGAUGUUUAACCAGGAAGAAAGGGCAUCUCUGACCCGGGAUAAGCGUCUUGCACUUGUGGAUCCUGAUGGUUAUCAGACCGAUUUUUGUUGUUCUGCCAAACAAUUUGAUAAAAUAGCUGAAGAAGCACAGUGCAGCAAAAGUGACCACCAGUCUAGCAAAACAUUACCUUCUCGAAGUCAGACUACCAAAACCCAAGCCAGAGACCGACCAAAAUCCAGCUCAGCAGAGUCCACCAAUCACAGUAAACUUCCUCCAGUGCCUAACAACGUUCUGACACCACAAGAAAGAAUAACUUCUGCUAAAAAAUCAGAGAGCCUCACUAAAGCUUUAAAGUUUGAAAAAGCUAAUUGUUCUUCUGAGAGCCAAUACAUGGCUCUUUCUGAAGAAAAGGUGGCUGGGAAAGAUCUUGCCAAGUCCACUGAGAAUUCCUCGAGUUCUGAAGACUUGUCAAAAACUGUGUCAAGAGGCAGUCAUGGAUCACAAAAUAAAAUAUCAAGGAACACAGUUCAAUCUUUCUCAAAGGUAACGUGUAAUAAUUCCCUCCAAGACAAAACUCUGAGGAGCUCUCCAAAGAAUGAGGUUUUACAUCCUGAUAACAGGAAAGGCUCUGGCGAACCCCAGCAAGACUUACUGCUCAGUAAGAGUUUAGAAACUACAUUUAAAAACAUUUUGGAACUUAAAAAAGCUGGGAGACAGCCUCAAAACGAGGCAACAAGUAGUGGCUCGGUUGAAUUGGAAUUUCCUAAUUUUUCACCUAUGGCUUCACAGGAAAACUGCCUGGAAAAAUUUAUUCCAGACCACAGUGAAGGUGUUGUAGAAACUGACUCUAUUUUAGAAGCAGCUGUAAAUAGUAUCUUAGAGUGUUAA